ACGUCAUUUCCGCUACUGGGAGAAAUGCCUCCUGUCGGAUCCCGUCGGAUCCGGUUAGAACGCAGGAGACCCCGGAUGUUGAUGCCUUCGCGGUGGCGCUUCGGGAGCUGAAGUCGCUGCAGGAGGCGUCGCAAGAGGCUUCAGUUGGGGGGCCAGAAUGUCCAAACGCAAGGUGACCUUUGAGGAUCAAGGCAGCGAGGAUGAAGAGGAAGUGAGUUUGCCGAAGAAGAAGCUAGUGGAACCUGCAAUUGGGGGGCCCGGCAGCCGCUUUAAAGGCAAGCAUUCGUUGGACAGCGAUGAGGAAGAUGACGAUGAUGAGGGUGACGAUGAAGGGCGAGGCAGUAAAUAUGAUAUCCUUGCGUCAGACGAUGUGGAGGGCCAGGAAUCAGCUACCAUUGAUUACGAAGAUGGCAUCCGGAUCACCCCAUUCAAUUUGCAGGAGGAGAUGGAGGAAGGCCAUUUUGACUCGGAGGGCAACUAUUUUUUGAAGAAGGAGGCCAUGAUUCGAGACAACUGGUUGGAUAAUAUAGAUUGGGUCAAGAUAAAGGAGCAGCCUCCCGGUCGGAAAAAAGCACCUCUAGAUUCUGCAGAUGAUGACGAGGAAGAGGAUGAUGACGAGGAUGAUGACGAUGGCUUGAAGGCUGGCCGAACGCCUUUGGACAAGAAGGCACUGCUGGAAGGAAUGGUGGCUUUAGUGCAGCCCGGAGAGACGGUGGCUAGAGCCAUCCAAAGGCUCGGAGACAAGGGCGGAAGCAAGAGCACCGGGCGCCAGCGGAGGCCCUGGAGCCGCCUGAAGGCAGGGGAGGGAGAACCGGCAGAGGAAGGCAACUCCCAAAAGCCGGGGUCCCCUGAGCGGAAGGAGCAGCUGGAGCGCUUGUCAGGGCUGGCCGACCAGAUGGUGGCACGAGGCGUCUACGAGAUCUACCAGGAGACCCGGGAGAAGCUGGCGUUGCGGCUCCGGGCGCUUGACCAGCCUCCUGCCGCCCCUUCUGCCCCCGAACCCGAACUAGACAUGUUUGCGGAGGAUAUUGACGAAGCAAAGCUGGGGGAGAAGACGUCAGUGGCAGCGGGAGGCAAGGAGCGGCAGCCGGACGACGACGACGUUCUCUCCGAGGUGAUGUGGGAAUAUAAGUGGGAGAACACAAACACGUCUGAACUCUAUGGCCCCUUUAGCAGUUCCCAGAUGCAGGACUGGGUGUCCCAGGGUUAUUUCCCUGACGGCGUCUACUGCCGGAAGACAGAGAAUUCCGAAGGUCAGUUCUACAACUCCAAACGCAUUGAUUUUGAUCUCUACACGUGAUUGGAAUCCGAGUCCUGCCCCGAGAAGCAUGAGGGGAGUAACUCAGCAUGGCCGCAGCCGGAAACAACUUGCUGAACUUUAGGGGGUGGGGAAGGGGGUGUGUCUGUGUGUGUGCUGGUAUGUUUCCGGAGGGGAAGGGGUUUGACUUCUCAUCUGACUCUGGUUUUGUGAGAAAUUAAAAAACAACCACCUUAAA